UAGCUUCCGGUUAUACGGUGACUUGCGCAUGGAGAGCAAACAGAAAUGUCACCUGUGCUGAUGUAUUCGCAAGAGCUAAAGAUGGAUAUAUAGAAGAAAUAUUUAUUUGUUUCUAAGAUGAAACAGGAAUUACUACAGACAAGAACAAUUUGAAAGUGGAUGUGAUUAAUCAGACUUCAAUAUGAGGACUCCAUACUUAGCCAUAGGUUUUAUAUUCAUCACAAUAUGUACAUCUUAUGCUCAAGGACUCAUAGAUAUCUGCAAAACAAACUACAUAACUCUGCCAUUUCCUCAAGAGCAAGGCAUUGUGGGAGUGACAAGUGGCACUGGACCGACAGAAAAUGGUCCGUGUCUCCUACGCAUUAAAGGGUGCUCACAGUGCCAUAUCUCAAUACAUCCCAUUAAUGACUGGUACCUGCCGUGUUCCACAUCAGUCCCCCGCUCACUAAAAGAGUGCACACCAGACUGUUCCUACCUGUUUGUGUUUGACAGUUCCUACCUUAAUGAUUCUGUUAAGUUUUACAAUCAACACAGUGGAUGGGUUGGGGGCCAGUUUAAGUCCGUUUCCAGUGCAAUAUUCGUGGGACUGUGUUCUCAGCAAGCUCCGCCCAAUAUUUCCUUACAGUUCAAUGUUAUUCCCAAUAAUCAGAUUCUGACAGAUAGGACUGGGUACAUGCGCUCUCCUAACUUUCCCAGCGGCUACCUCCAGAAUGGGGACCAGUAUACCUGGAUUAUUAGAAAUCCAGAGUAUUCCAAAAUCCUGGUGAUAUUUGAUGACUGGCAUAUAUCGCCCUACAGUGAAGUGUUUAUAACUGUGUUGAAGACAUGGAAGUUCAGCUGCAUUAUUGUUGUUCAUAACUGCAUUUUAAAAAAGAAAUUAUUUAGAGGAUUUCUAUCUUGUGCAGUUGGUCAUGGUGAUCAGAAAGUGGAAGUUCGAGAUGGAUUGACCUCUGAUAGCCAACUCAAGGACACAGUUUAUCCCAACAGGGUGUACAAAAGCUUCAAUGACACAAACAAGGGUUUCUACAUCCGCUACACUGGGACGCUUAGACCGAUGGACAACCUUAAGAUCGUGUACACCUCCUACAGAGACCGUGGACCCACUGACUGCAGCAGAAUGGGAAUGUUUUACUGUAACAAUCGCAGAUGUAUUCCUUCUGAGCUUGAGUGUGAUAGAUAUAACCAUUGCGGGGAUAAUUCUGAUGAAAUCAACCCCAAAUGUUUAGGUGGAGGAUCCGGUUAUUCUCGGAGCACUAACUACACGAUGACGGUCAGUGUCAUCGUUCCACUGGUCAUCUCUGUUUUCCUUCUUGUCAUCUUGUGCGUUCUCUUCUUCCUCAUAAGACGAUGUCACAUUGCACGAGCGCGGGAGAUGGACCGAGAUGCAGGAAUCCCCACAAUCAGUGGAGGAAUAAGUAAUAGAAGAGGUCGUAGAGGAAGACAGCCUCAGAGACCUGUGGAUUUCCCUCCCACCUAUGAGGAGGCACUGGAAAGUCCCCCAUAUGAAGAACCUCCACUGGAAUAUGAAAAUGGAGUACUGAAACCACCCACGUACCAUGAGGCGGUGGGACAGGUGGUGGAGGCACCACCAGAGGAUAACAUGGAGGAGGACUAUCCACCACCAGAAUUCAGCACCAUAGACCGUCAACCUCCAAGCUUUGAGUCCCAUACAUCUAACGCUUCUCCUGCAGAGAGUGGUGAAAUAAGACCUGUUAAUCAUACAUACAGUAUGUCUUACAGCUCAGAGUCAUCCACGGACAUACCUCUGAACCGAUCUGUACCAAAAGUUCAUGGUCCCUCUUAUAGUGAGGUACCUCAUCAGGGGUCCAGAACCUCAGACAGGGAGAGGAGUGAGCAAGAGUAUAGAGAAAGGGUACCCAGUGGAUCAAAAGAUGGAAGACAAUUAGAAAGAAGAAACUUUCAUCCUCAGAAACAAAAUAGUGAAAAUGAUGUGAGAGAAAAUUCAGAGAGAAAGCCUUAUGAAAAUCAUUCAGAUGUAACACAGUCUAGGAAAGGAACACCUUUGCUCAUGCAGGGACUAGAGCCUGGGAGAAAGGGAGAUAUAAGUUCCACUGCAAGAUGGAAUAUGUCGGGCAGUCCAUCAAGACAGAAUCCUAACCAAUAUUCAGAUUCUCCCAAAAAUCAUCCUCAUUUCAAGGAAGACAAAUAUCACAAGAAUGAAGAUCUGAGGGAAAGAAAACAAACAAGGUCAAAAGAGGAUCGGAAAAACAGAGCAUCGGACAGCAGCUCCAAGGAUUUGCUUUUCAGUGAGGAUCACUUCACAGAUAGAGAGCAUAGGGGUGUAUUGAAUCAAGGUUUUAGAGAUUCUGAAGAUCGGUCAAGAGAAUCACCACCAAGGACAAACUCAGCCAGCCUGUCCAAUUUGCAUCCUAUAGAGAGAUGGACAGAAGACAGAAGAGGGAUGGCUACAUCAUUACAGCAUCUACCCACUACACACUGUGUUGCCUCUAGGAGCAGCCUUACUCUGGGAAGUUCAGACCAUCCCAUUGGAGGAUUGGCAGGCUGUCAAUCAAACAUUAGGCAGGAGGAGGGAAUGAGCAAGCCACGCCCCCUAGAGAAGGACCGCCCAAUAUCCCUCUCUGUGGGAAAUCUACCCAAUCGCUCUCAUCUGAAUCCAGAGAAAACAAGGAAUCAAAGGUCACCUGAGAGUUCAUACAGAAGGUCGCUAGGAGACCUGAACCAACGUCUGAACAAUCAAGUAAGCAGACGACAAACUCAAUCUCAUGGUGACUUGUCUAAUAUUCAGGAGGAAAGACAUAUUUCUUUGGCCUGUGACAGUGAAGAUGUUUUUGUCUGAAUACUUCAAAAAUGUAAAUUUGACUUUAUUUUGAAGCAUGUAUUACAAGCAUGUGUAUUAUGAAUUCAGUUUUUGUACAUGUAUAUGUAUCCAAGAAUCUUCAGGUUUUAUGUUUAAUUUUCAAAUUAAUUUUACUGGUGUUGUCAAAUCAGAUGAUUUUUAGUAACUGGUUAGGCACUUACUUUUCAGAUUGAGUACCUAAUUAUUGGUCUCUUAACAUUCUUCCUGGAAA